CUACAAUUUUAUGGGAACACCUCCCUCUACCGUCUACAGCUUGGUGGUGGGGAGCCAAAAAAACGACAAAUUAUUAAUUAGGAGAGAUGUGGUUUUUAUUUAUAUUAAGCUGGGUUGCAACACUUGUUCAAGUAUGCUUCGUAACCUUAGCUUUAGCUGCUGGUUUGUACUACCUUGCGGAGCUGGUAGAGGAAUACACAGUAAUGGCAAAGAAAGUUAUCAAGUGGCUUAUUAUUAGUACCGUAUGUGUUUACAUAGGAUUGAUUCUUUUUGAAGACAUGCCAAAAUCAUUAACUCUCACAGGAUUUGCCUCUACCUGUUUUUAUUCCUUACUUCUCUCAAACUUUCCAUAUAUUGAAGUUAUGUCACCAGUUUUCAUUAUCAGUUGCAUUAUGCUGUUUGCCAAUCACUACAUAGCAUUCCAGCACUUCACUGAGGAAUGGUACCCAUUUGCCGAGGUUCUUGCUUAUUUUACAAUAUGUUUGUGGUUAGUACCAUUUGCAUUUUUCGUUUCCUUGUCAGCAAAUGAUAAUGUGUUACCGACUACAGCUACCACUGUUGGACGUGGUCAAUCAGGUGGACAAGAUGUUGUGAGCAGUUAUUUUAAUAAAAAGAGCAAACGCAAUGGUUUACUGGCAGUCUUUGAUUUUUGCAAGGAGACGUUUAUUCCACAACGUGACAAACGAUUCUGAAUGGUUAAAAGACACUACAUAAGACUUUCAUAAAUAAAUGAUACUUUUACCAGUAUGACACUGGUUUAAUAUAUAAUGGUAGAUUAUCCUUCAACAAGCAACAUUGGUAAUGCCCUGUUCUUUGGAUGCUUUUGUUAUUAUAACAUGGAUGAUUUCAAUUCUGUAAGUCUAAAAAUUCUUUUGUCACCCUCAUAUUUUAAUUGCUAUUCAGUAUUUUAUCAAAUCCUUUGUGUUCUAAACAUAGUUGGAAGUAAAAACUGAAAAUCAAGCUUUUUAGAGUAAUUAAUGAAACUAACAAAUGCAAUUAAUUUAAAUAUUGUCGUUUCCUGAUUGAGAUGUGUUGGUAACAUGUAUGGAAUUUUAUACAUUGCACUUUCCCGCUUCACAAACUUUUUUUCCCUGGGACCCAAGUUGUGAUUUCCCACACUAGGCGCGACCCAUUUAAUAAUUUGAUAGUAAAUUGCACAGAGACUUUUAUAAGAUCCCUGAAAUUUGAUGCUCAUGUUUUAAAAAUGACUACUCAAUUUUAGAAUUACAUUAUCAGUGGUGGAUCCAGGAAUUUGUAGGGGGUGCCAGGGAGGGACUUUUACAGAAUUAUAGAGGGUCUACCAACCUCAGCCUCACCAUGUUUGGUGCUGUCGAAAUUUUAUGAUUAUGGCCAGCACCUUUUAAUGGCCAUAAUCAUAAACUUUAAUUUGAGUUGGGAUGCCUGGGUGGUGGUGCCCCCUUAAAUCUGCCACUGACUAUUGUCCCUUUUCGCCACAGUGGGAAAAUAACUUUUAAUAUUUGAUGCUUAGAAUGAAAUACAAGACUUGGGUAAAUUACUUGUGUGACUGACCCAAAAUCACAAAAAUAUAGAAUUCGCUUUUUUUUGCAGAAAAUAUUUUUAAUCUUUAAUAUAUUAAACCAUAGUUUUAGCCUUGUGGUUACCAUUACAUCAACCAACAAAAAUACGAGAGUGGCUUUUUAGCUGCAAUAUUGUAUGCAUUUGCAUAGGUACCCAUUUGAAAUUUAUUUGGAAAAACUUACAGGUCACAUGACUUUGUGUCUGUCUAUAAAGUACUUGUUUUUUUCAAAAGUGGAAUGUUCACAUUUACACAAUUAUGUUGUGGUACAGUAAGUUGAUAUAAGAUAUUCAUUGUGGGGAUAUAAUAAAAUAUUGUUCCAAUAAGGGUUUACCUAAAAUACUGUUUUCAAGAUGCCAGAUCUGUUAAAGACUUUAAAUCAACUGUGUAAAUUAUUACAAAUGAAUUAACAAUCUGGUUUUUAAAAAUUCUUCAAACCUGCUCACGACCCAACGCAAAAGUUGGCGACCCACUUAUGUGUUGUGACCUGUAGUUCGGAAAGCGUGGCUUCAGUUCAUAAAUCAAAUACUCUACCUAAUUUGGGCCACAUACAUGAUAAAAAAAACCAUCACAUAAUGAACAUGUUUUUUUUUAAAUUUUAGAAUUAGGAAGUAGUUUUCUCAAUAGUUUGAAUUCGAAAGAAAGUUUUUGUUGUAUUACAGGGCAUAUUUGGAUUACUGUACUGUACAUAUUAUCUUAAAAAAUAAACAUCUAAUAUUAAUUGCUUGUUUAAUCUUUUUUUAAAUUUUUUAUGGGUUGUCAAGGCAGGUGUUCUUUAAAACUAUAAUUUGUGAUGUUAAUUUUAAAAACAAGAUUAAAAAUCAGAUUUCUUAUAAA